AUGGAUCUGGACAAUGAGUGCUGCCCAAUAGGUGGUCGUGUGAGGUGUCAAGAGUCAGAACUUCUGUCUCCUGACUUUGUGAAAGCUCUACCCCUCGGCCGGCAUCAUGAUACCAUCCAAUUUCGUCAACUAUUAUGUCCAGACCCCUCUUGUGAGGUGUGUAAUAGUGCAACUGCUGAGAUCAGUCAGCUGGUGUUCCUGCAGGCCCAGGAAGAUGCGACUCCCUUGGCUUCCCCAGCUCCUGUGACUACUUCAUCGUUCACUCGCUCCCCUGACUUCUCAGCAGUCCCUCCAGGAGACCUAAUAUCAGCUCCUCUUCCUAAGCCUUCCCCACCACCUGCUUCCAACUUCUCACCUAACCCAGUGAUCCCUGUGGCAGACUUUUUUGCACCCUCACCACCCGGUGAUCCUUUGCUGCCAAAGUCUUUACCUCCCUUGGAUUCCAAAUCCCCAAGGGACCAUUUCCCACCCCAGCCCCUUGCCUUUCCUCCUGUCCAACCACAUCACGCCCAUACAGUGGGCCGUAGUGUCCAGACAGAGACAGUGUCUCUAAGUACCACCUUCUCUCUGGACCCUACCCUUUCCCAAGGUGUCAGCCCCUUACCGGAGUUGUCUCAGAGGGUGAAUCCCACUGAGACCUUUGCUCGUCAUCCUGCACCACCAACCCGGUCUGCUUCACCACCGCCAGACUGCAAUUUAACUGUGCCUCAAUCUAAAUGGAGUUCCAUCUCAAGGAAGCCUGUUCCACAGAGCUCACCCCCAGAUAGCUCUGGUGGGUUGUCGCCUUAUUUCCCAACAAUCCUAGGCAUUGACCCCUCCAGCUUGUCAAUUUUAGACCUCCCUUGGUGGCAAACUCAUGCCAAAGGCUUCUUCCCUUCAACCCUGGCUCCACGUGAUUUCCAUCAAGAAGUCCUGGCCCUCCAUUCUUCAGAGGCUUCUUCCAGGGGAGACCCUGCAGCCAACCUUGUAGAGCCUGGUAAGCUCUCACUUCUCAGCCCUGAUGCCCUGGCACUUCUAGAGAAACAAAGGCCAAAGAGGAGUGACUUCCUCCUGUGGAAGGAAUCAGAGGGAUCUUUUGCAAAACAAACAAUUGUUGAUACCCAUGAUUUGGCAUCCUCCCUCCCUUUCUGGAGCACCAAAAACCAAUCAAAGGAGCUGGGUAUACAUCAGCAGCGCCCAUACCCUACAACCUUGGAGGAGGGCCAUUUACAGCAAACCCCCAUCCAGCUCUUCUGGGGUCUCCAAACUCCACCUAGCGAGUCCCUCUUCCCGGCUGCUGAUGCCUCAGAUCACAUCUCAAAUGCCUCCCCUGAGCAGGAAUCCCCAGUAGUUGCCCACCCACUUCCUCCAUCCUUGCCUGAGAACCCGCCUCAACUCCUGCCUCAAACCCCGCCCUUACCUACCCCUCCUGUCCAGCCCCAGGCCCACCUUCAAUCCCCAAUCCCAAUCCUGCCAUCUGGUCCUCUACCCGACAUCAAGAUCUGUGGAGUGUGUUUUCACAGACCUCGGAACGAACCGGAGAAUCUCACUCCAAAAGAAAGGCAACAUCUGGAAUGGAACGUGUUGCAGAAGGUACAGAAACGUGUGUGGGGUUUACCCACUCUAGUCCAAAGAUCCCAGGAGGACUAUUGCCCUUCAGCUCCUAACCCUUCUCUCAGCCACAAGGCCACCAAGGCCCAAGUGGUAAUCUCUAUCCCCCCUGGACAGUUUCCUCUGAAUGAAGAGCUUCGGAGAAAACUAGAGAAUCACCUUCGAAAGAGGCUCAUCCAACACCGGUGGGGAAUUCCCCGCAGGAUUUAUGAGUCUCUUGCGCUGAUGAGCCGUCCCAGUACACUGUCACAGCUACCUGAGUCGCAGCGCUUUCGUGGACGCUCAUGGAUCCCUAAGAGUCCGAGCAAAUUGAAUGACACUGAAAGCAUCAGUGACGAGGACUCAGAAAUGCUUCAGCGAGAGGACGGUGAACUGGACAAGGACAAUGACAAACUGAAGAAGGGUCAGGAACACAGCCCAGAGAAUGGCCCAAAAGAUGAUCUGCUGAGUGACCUUGAGAGCACUUCAGAUAACGAUAUGGAGCAUGAUUCUGAGAGACAACUUGGGAGUCCAUCAGAGAACAGCUCGACUGUGUCUGUGGAGACUGCAGGUCAGACACAACUGGAAAAUGUCCUGAAAAGACAUUUGCACAAAAAAUCUGAGGAAAUCAGUGAGGGUCAUCUACCCGGGACUGUGCAUCAUUCAUGGCAUACAAUAAAGCAGACAUCACUUCCUUCUGAGAAAUCCCAGACUCAACUAACACAAAGACGCUUGCCACCAUCAGACCUUGAGGUUUACUCCCUGAAUACCUGCCAGGAGCUUCCCUUUGUGGAACCAAAUGUACAACAGAUGCUUGAAUCCCAUAUUAAAAGGUUUCGUUGGAGGAUGCUAUGGGGCCUUCCCUCCAGGGUCCUUGAAUCCAUAGAGAUCUUUAAAUCAAGAAUGGCCACAUCUCCCUGUAGCCCUGCCUGCUCAACCAAACUGAUUCCUGCAGCAAAUUCUAAACCUGGGGGCGUCAGCCCCCUUAGAGGAAGCUUGAAAUCUCUCCAUGCAGACAAAGCAAGAACGGCAAAUUCAGCCUCUCUUCUGGAUCAUCCUCGCCCUGCCCCCUCAACUGUGGGCAAGGAAGAGCAGAGAAUUCCGAGGCAAUCAUCCUCCAAUACCCACCAUCUGCUUGUAGAGGAUCUUCCAAAAAUUAAGCAUGACAGACAGACUCUUAAACCUGUCAAACAUGUCACCAUAGCCAACAGAUGGCCCCCAAAGCCACCGGCAAGGCAAUGA